AUGGAUAUUGAUUUAGUUAAUGAUCUACGACGAGACGAUGAUAAUGAAGAAAGUGAUGACAACGAUGACAAACUCAAGAGAAAUACUAGUGAUGAUGAAGAAAUUAAAAAAGCUGAUGUGGAAAGUGUGAUGAAAAAAGCCAACGAAGUAGCUAAGAAAAAAGCUCCAAGACGUCCGCGACCCAAGCUUGAUGCUAUUCGCUUAACUGGUCCAAGAGGGCUCGAUGAACUAACUAAUCUAUUGAGGCAUGAAAAAUUUAAAGGCAAAGGCCAAGAAUUUGCGGAUCUUGAUACUUUAAUGCAUAAAUUUGAGUAUUGGGCACAUCGUCUUGUACCACAUAUGGCUUUUGAUGAUUUUAUUGAAAAAGCUGAAAAUCUUGGUGCCAAAAAGCAAAUAAAAAAUGCACUUCAAUAUUUACGUGAUAAAUUAAAUAUUCAAACAAAUCCAGAUGAUGACAAAGAAGCUGGCCCUACAUUAUUUGAUAUAUUGCCAAGUAUCAAUAUUCAAAAUGAUGAUAAUGCUUCAGACAACGAUAUUCACGAUGAGAACAUUGCAUAUAAAGAUACUCACGAUGAAAACACAGCUAAUAAAAAUACUAAUAAUGACAUUCCAGAUGACGAGGAGAUAAAUGAAUUAUUUCAAUAA